CAGCAGUGGCCCAAAAAGGACUAAUAGCACUGAACUAAACGCCAUUGCAAAGUAAAAACCUCUCUCUAACUUCUAAUUCGCCGUUUUUUCUCGCUCCGUUUAAAUGGAAAAACCCGACCCGAUCGCUGAAAACCCUGAUAAUGGCGAAGAAGAAGAAGAAGACGACCUGGACGACGACGAAGAUGACCUUGAACCCGAACCCGAGCCGCUGAACCCGCGGGCCCGAGAGUCACAAGCAAGAGUAGAAAGGGAAAAAGUGGAAAAUCUAAUUCGCCGGAUGCAAACCGAAACGGUGCCGCUGCGAGUUCAUGAUGUGAUAAUCAAAGGAAAUGUUAAAACAAAAGACUCAAUACUAGAAUCCGAAACGGCGUUGCUUAAAGACGUAUCGUCGAUGCAAGAACUGCUAGAGGCGUCUAAAGUGGUUAAUUUUAGGUUACAAGCGCUAGAAGUGUUUGAUUCGGUUAGGAUUACGCUUGAUUCUGGUCCAUCGGAACUUGCUGGUACGGCUAAUGUGGUUGUUGAAGUUGUGGAGAGUAAAAGUCCUGUUUCUUGUGAAGUUGGUGCAUACACCAAAGGCGAGGCUAGAUCUUCAACAGUUGAAGGAACUCUCAAGUAUAAAAACCUAUUUGGUUAUGGGGAUCUUUGGGAUUCCUCUGUGGCAUAUGGUGGUGACCACAUGACUGAGGUAAGUGCUGGUGUGUAUGUGCCAAGAUUUAAAGGACGUGUAACUCCUCUAACAGCAAGACUAUUCCUACUAUCCCAAGAUUGGCUAAGAUUUUCUUCAUACAAAGAGCGAUCGUUGGGCCUCUCCCUUGGCUUAGUUUCAAGCAGGAACCAUGAUUUGGUAUAUAAUCUUGCAUGGCGCACCUUGACAGAUCCAUCACAAAUGGCGUCCAGGUCAAUAAGGAGGCAGCUUGGUCAUGGUUUACUUUCAUCUUUGAAAUACACAUUUAAGGUUGACCAGAGAAAUUCACCUUUGAGGCCAACACAUGGAUAUGCUUUUGUUUCUACCACUCAAGUUGGUGGUCUUGCACCUGAUAGUCGGAGCUUGCGGUUUUUGCGCCAGGAACUUGAUCUUCGUUAUGCAAUCCCUCUGGGAUUUUUGCGUUCUGCACUCAAUCUUGGAAUCUCUGUUGGUGUUGUUUUUCCAUGGGGAACUGGAUUUUCAAAUAUGCCUUCACCUCUGCCAGAGAGAUUCUUUGUUGGUGGCAAUUUGUCUCCAGUUUGCACUUUGGGAGGUCCAAUGGCAUUUUAUGGAUUCAGGACAAGGGGACUGGGCCCUACUGAGCCUCGAAGGCAGUUGCAAAGUAAUUCAACAGAUGAUAGUGCUGACCCUGGGAGAGAUUAUCUUGGAGGAGACCUUGCUGUUACUGCUUUUGCAGAUCUUUCUUUCGAUUUUCCAUCCAAGUGGUGUCAAGCAAAAGGAAUCCAUGGACAUGUAUUUGCCUCUGCUGGAAAUGUUGACAAACUAACUGAAAAUGCAUACCGAAAUUUUUCAUUGCAAAAAUUUGUGGAAUCAAGUCGAAGCACAGUGGGAGUUGGGAUUGUUGUCCCUACAAAUCUGUUCCGUUUGGAGUUAAAUUACUGCUACAUAUUGAAGAAAUUUGAGUAUGAACGUGGAAAGUCAGGGUUCCGAGUCAGCUUCUCCACUCCAUCAUAGCAUUUGGACUGGCAGACUUCUGUUGACACACAAAAGCGAUGGCAGAUAGUUGAGUUCUCAUGUAUUUUCCGCAUUGCUGAGGAUAUGAUAUAUCAGACCUCCUCCAUUUUUUGUUACAAAUGUAAUUUUGCAUCAAAUGUCUUCAGUGGGUCUGGAAUUCUCAGAGGCACAAAUUGAGGGGAUAAUUCGAUAUGUCAAGAAUUAACUUGGGCCCUGUGUUUCAGGGUGUUUGAUAAAAAUGUCAAUUUUCCAAUUUCAAAUGUGGGGAGGAUCUGGUUAGAUAGUGCUUUGUUUCUCAGUUUCAUGACAAAGCAAUUUGAUUUUUAAUAAGGGCACUAUUUAACUACUUA